AGACCUAAAAGAACUAGACCUAGGAGGUAGUUUCGACCCUAAUCCAGGUUUUACUGAAGAUCCUAAUUCGGGUUUUACUGAAGACCCUAAUCCGGGUUUUACUGAAGACCCUUUUCCGGGUUUUACUGAAGACCCUAAUACUGAACCGGUACCAUCAACAAGUUAUUUACCAUCUGGUUCUAAUAGAGGAAAUGUAUUUAAACCUGGUACACAUGAGGAUCCUGCACCUAAUCCAGUUCCAAAUUCUGAUUCACAAGGUGAACAUUCUCCUAAUCCUGAUAAACAAGAGGAACCUGUAUCUAAUCCUGGUUCACCUGAGGGAUCUUCAAAUAAUCAAACCCCUGUUCAAG